AUGAUCGGUUCGGGUGCAUUUAGCUCCGUGUACAGAGGCAAUCUAGAGGAAAAUGGAAAAUUUGUUGCCAUAAAGGUGCUCAAAUUCCAAGUUAGGGGAGCUUCUAAGAGCUUUCUUACUGAGUGUGAAGCACUAAGGCAUAUCAAGCAUAGAAACCUGGUAAAACUCUUAACAUCAUGUUCAAGUAUUGAUAACCAAGGCAAUGAAUUCAAGGCUCUCAUUUAUGAGUACAUGGCCAAUGGUAAUUUGGCAAAUUGGUUACACAAUAGAAGUACAGAUGGUGAAGAGAAUCAUGAGCCUAAAACUUUGAACAUGCUACAGAGACUCAAUGUAAUAAUUGAUGUGGCUUCUGCAUUAGAUUAUCUUCAUCAUCAAUCUCGCACGCCAUUGACACAUUGCGAUAUCAAACCAAAUAAUGUGCUUUUGGAUGAAGAUUUUGUUGCUCAUUUAGGUGACUUUGGACUGGCAAGGUUUCUGCCUGAUGCUGCAAAUAUGCUCUCCUUAAGCCAAUCUGCCAGCUCUCUCAAUAUAAGAGGAACUAUUGGAUAUGUUCCACCUGAAUAUGCAACAGGUAUUAUGUUUUCGACCUAUGGAGAUAUCUAUAGUUAUGGAAUUCUACUGUUGGAAACAUUUACUGGAAGAAGUCCAUCUGAUGAGAUUUUCAAGGAUGGUCUAAACCUUCAUGAUUUUGUUAAGAGAGCCAUACCUGAGCAAGUGAAAGAUAUUUCUGAUCCCAAACUUGUCUAUGAUGAGAGGGGCAGACUGAUCAACAAUAAAACAAUGGAGUGCCUUACAUUGAUUAUUCGAGUUGGGAUUGCUUGUUCAGUGGAAUCAGCAAAAGAUCGCAUGGACAUUGCCAAUGUUGUUAAUGAACUGAAUGUAAUCAAAGAUGCCUUCCUGAGGAACUAG